AGGAUAGUGUUGCAAGGCUUAGUAUGAGGAACCGCUUAUUGAAAACGAUGUUUCUGGGGGGAGAGAUUUAAAUGGUACACUGACACUUCAUGGCUACAGAAGAAAAUGGAUAUGCCAGUUGUGGCUGUAAAGGAAUCCGUUCCUGUCUUAUCUGCGAGAAAACCAAGGGCAUACGAAGCGCGGAAAAUAACGGUGUUCCGGCGCCAAAUGAUUUUAAUUACGAAGCGUCGUCUGGUCUAGCAGUACGGUGGAGUGAUGAGGGUGUGCAACAAUCCUUCCCUUUCCCCGGAGUCUUGCUGUGGGAGGACUUCGUGUCAGAGGAAGAGGAGAGGGACUUGGUAACCACAAUGGACCAGGACGCGUGGAAGGAUUCCCAGUCUGGGCGCAGGAAACAGGAUUUUGGGCCCAAAGUGAACUUCAAAAAGCAGCGUGUGCGUCUUGGGACCUUUAGUGGAUUGCCUGCAGCAAGCAGUAAGUUGGUUCUUAGGAUGCAGCAGCACCCGUUGCUACAGGGGUUCCAGCCCGUAGAACAGUGCAACUUGGACUACAACCCCCAGCGAGGGUCCGCCAUAGAUCCCCACCUGGAUGACAGCUGGUUGUGGGGAGAACGUUUGAUCACCAUCAACCUCCUCUCUGAUACUGUCAUAACAAUGAGCAUGGAGGAGGGACAGGGGGAACUGGGGCAGAGGGAGGAGCGGGUGCGUGUGGACUUUCCCCGCCGGUCGCUGCUGGUGCUUUACGGCGAGGCAAGGCACAGGUGGAUGCACGCAAUCCACCGACAGGACAUCCACCAGCGCAGGGUCUGCAGCACCUACAGGGAGCUCUCCUCUGAGUUCCUGCCAGGGGGAGAGCAGGAGGCCCUGGGCACACAGCUGCUGAGAAUAGCCCUGAGCUUCCAGGGUGUCCCACUGUAG